CAUGCGCGAUUGUCUAACGCUACCGUUAACAACGAGACGCCAUGUCGUUAGCAACCCAUUGAUUGUUGAAAGACUCAAUCCAGAAAUCUGCAGUUUCUGUUGUGAGAAAGCACGUGACGGGUUGCUAGGGACAUCUCCUUGUCAACGAAACUUUGCCAUAAUCCGAACCAUUGGCUACAUUGUGCCGUAAUUAAGAUUCACUUAACAAUUGAAGGAUUUUUUCCCGUAAUAGCAGUCCAUUAUUUUCAACAUGAGCAGAUUGGCUUACUACGAUAACCCGGCGAUUCUUAGAACACGCAGUGUGACACCUAUGUCUGGAGGUGGUGGCGAGAUGUCCAAAAUUCUACCAUAUGUCACAGAUAAAACUAUUUCACGCCAUCUUGGAUUUACUGGUAGAUCUCUGGAUCUUGGUCAUGCAAGAUCUUAUUAUAACCCAGCAAGAAAUGCAGUCUAUUCACGGUAUACAACCCAGGACUGGGGUCACUCAAACAGCAUGAACUAUUCACUGUCCGAAAAGGAAAGGUCAUUUGCUGAGAGAUUGAGGGCUGAUGCUUGGAGAGCAGUGAAGGAAACUGAUGCAAGAACACGUAACAGGCAAAAUGAUAUCACAAAGAAACUCGGGGAACGAGUGGCCGAUAUUGCUUAUUGGAAGGCCGAGCUCAAUACUGAAAUUAAUCUUAUGGAGCAAGAAAUGGUUAAUUUGGAGGAAUAUAGAAGGACUUUGGAGAAAGCAUUGGGAGACACUGCCAAUCCUUUACAUAUUGCUGAAGAAUGUUUGAUGCAUCGUGAGAAGAGACAGGGAAUUGAUCUAGUCCACGAUGAUGUAGAAAAAUCACUUAUUAAGGAAGUCGAUAUAAUCAAGAGAUGUCAAGCUAGAAUGAAGAAGGUUCUUGACAAAGCUCACGUUCAACUGAAGAUGGAUAGAGCUGCUCAGCAUACAUUGGAAAUUGAUGCUAAAGACAAACAUCAUGCACAAGGUCUUGACGACAGAAUGCAACAACUGAGAAACAAAUCUGCCGGUAUUGGAUACCACCCAGGUAUCGAGAGCAUUGACAACACAAUCACCAUCCCAGAUUCAUGGGCUAGGUUCACACAGGAAAACAUUGCCCGUUCACAAAGGGAAAGAGCUGCCUCUGAGCGUCUUCGUGGUGAAAUCGAUAGUUGUCUGAGAGCAUGCGCUAAUGACAUGUGGAACCACUUCAACAGUGUCAACAACUCCUUCAACACCAGAAUCCGUGAAACCACAGAUGCUAGAAACAAACUACAGUCUCACUUGCAGAGAACUAUGCAAGAAAUCUUUGAUAUGGAGAACAACAUUAACUUGUUGAGGAAGGCCAUCCAAGACAAAGAAAUGCCAAUGAAGGUAGCACAGACACGAUUGGAUGAGAGAACAAGGAGAAUCAAUGUUGAACUGUGUAAUGACCCAGUAAUGAAAUCAUUACAGAGAGAAGUGAAUGAAAUCCGAGAUUCUGUCAGGAUAUUGAAGGAACGUCUAAAGGCAUCAGAGCUUAGCUUAGCUCGUUUGAUGAAGACAAAGGCUACAUUGGAGCAUGAUAUCUCGGUCAAAGACAACAGUCUCAAAACCGAUUCACAAUAUUGUAUGGGCAUGCGCAAAGGUUUCCCAAUGGAUCCCAAAGUUGGACCAGUAUUUCAGAUGCCCAUUUGCUAAGUAGUUUUACAUUAGGCACCAACAAAUUGACUUUCACAAGAAGCGCCACUACAAAGAUCAAGUUAUUUAUUUUUUCAUAAAAGGACUGAAGCGUUCUUUUAAUUUUCGUUUGUUUCAAUAUUUCGAGAUUUCAAUGACAUUUCCAAGAAAAAAUCAUCCGUCAUAAGGAAGCGGUUUCCAGAUUGGUCUUUGGUGUGUGUGAUUAUUACAGAAAAUCAUUAAUUUGUGGAGAACAGUAAGGGUUUGUCCAAUGCUGAAAGCUCAAGAAGAUAUGUAUUGAAAUUUGUGAUCACAUUUUAACAUAUUCCAUUUCUGCAAAUUUAAUUUGCAUUUCUCAUUGCGUCUUUCAUCAGUAUUUUUUUUCAUUUAUUUGUUUGUCAUAUUUUAUUUGCUUUUGGAAAUCUAUUUUUUUUUAUCAAACAUAGUGCUUGUAUUUUAUUAGAUAAUUAUUCGUUUAAUAAAUGUAUCACAAAACUGCCACUAGUUUGCAAUGUUUAAAGAACAAUUUAGUAGGAGAAGAAUCAGUACACUCAAUGCCUAAAAAAAUAAUAAAACUAUCACCAAAGGUGCAAAAACUAAAACAUAAAUAGUGAAACAAAAUAUCAGCAAGCGAUAUACAUUAAAGAUUUUCUUGGAUUUUUUAAAUUUUAAUUGAAGAAAGAUCAACUACAAGUCUUAUAUUUAGUAUUUAUGGUUUUUUUUUAUUCAAUUUUUUGUUUUUAUUAGCUAACAGUAUUAUUUUACUUUUGUUUACGUUCUUGGUUUUAUUGUACAAUAUUGUAUGUUUAUGUUGUUUCAAAGUUAUCAACUUGUUUACAUUUAGAACAUUGGGUUUGGUCAAGGUCCGUUAAUCAAAAUGUUCUUUUAGCAAAGUGUGUGCUAUAACUAUUAUAUUUAUUACGCUAACGUUUUAAGACAUCUUUGUGAUUUGUAGUAUUGUGAUAGCCAUUUCCGGUCUUGGCCACGCCUUGUGUGUGGUCACAUGCGACAACUACAACCAGAUCAGUAUUAGAUUAUUAAACAAGGGUUGAAUGCUCAAUUUCAAAGACGUUACUUUGGUAACCCACUUGCCAUCGAAUGUACAUGUGCUAGUUCAACUGUGAUAUAAGUUAUGUUGUUACAUGUGUACAUAGUUUUACAUUUAUAGAGCACAGUUAUGUCAUAUGCUAUGUUGUUUGCACAUUAAAUUGUAUCAAAACAA